AUGUGUUAAAUGAUUUAUUGAUGUUUCCUGCUCAACUUCAGUACAACAGCUACAGUUCAGCUUAGCAAGCGAAAUUCCAAUAUAAAUACUUGCUUGCCGCUUGCCUUUGCCUUCAUCAUCACUCUCCUCUUCUUAUUCAGGCAGAGCAAAUAAAAAUGGAGAUGAUCCUGGAGGCAUCUGCGAACCCUUUCGUUAAAAUGCUCACAAGUAAGGCGAGGGAGAAGGUGGUCAGGGUUUGGGGCGUCGGGGAUGACCUCGAAAAACUGAAGCAGCGAAGGGCAAGAAUCCAACAAUUCCUAGAGGAGGCGGAGCGGCAACAACAUGAAGAUAAAGCCAUCAAAGAAUGGGUAAGGGAGCUCAAAGACAUCGAUUAUGAUGCUGAAGACAUGCUUGAUGCCUGCAUAACUGAAGGCACUGCUCUUUCGCUAGCUGACCAACCAUCCUCAUCCAAAAAAUUAACGGUAUGCUUUGACUUCUCCCUCUUAUACUCUUGCUUUGCAAGUGUUCCGCGUCGAUAUGAGAUUGCAGAAAGCAUUAAAGUUCUUAAUGAUAAACUGGACGAGAUCUGCAAAGAUAAUUUCGUAUUCAUGCCGGUGAAGAGCAAAGAACCACCAAAGCACCAAACGAAGGUGAACACCGACCAAACUGCCCCUUUGGUAGAUAUUGAUGUGCUGGGACCUGAGAUUGAAGAAGCCACAAAAGAGUUGGUGACGUUGAUAUUUGCAGAACGCGAGAUGAAAUGUCGCAUCAUUGCACUUACUGGGAUGGGAGGGAUAGGGAAAACCACACUUGCUCAAAAAAUAUACAACAAUAAGAUGAUACAAACUAAGUUCCAACAUAAAGUGUGGAUGUCUAUUUCACAGAAUUAUGAUGAGAUAAAAUUGUUGCAGCACUUGAUUAAAAAUGGGGCUGAAGGUAAUCAUGGUGAUAUUAGAAAUAAAACGGAGCCCCUGCCAGAAAAUAAAACCGAGCUCCUGCCAUUACUCCAGUCCGCUUAUCUUGGGAAGAGCCUUUUUCUUGUUUUGGAUGGUGUUUGGAGGGCAGAUGUUUGGGUCGAUCUGUUUAGAAAUUCAUUACAGAGCGGUGAUGCUUUUGUUAAGAUCUUAGUCACAACUAGAGAUGAAAAGAUUGCGAGGCAGAUGGGGGCGGCACACAUACACCGAGUCAAACAACUUUCAGAUCAAACUGGUUGGGAAAUACUAUGCAAAAAGGCUUUUUUGGAUGGAGGGGAGGAGAUUGAAAAGUUGGAAGGUUUAGGAUUUCAAAUUGUUAAGAAAUGUUCUGGCCUCCCUUUAGCUAUAAAGGUCAUUGCUGGCCUUCUAGCUGCGAAUAAAGACAAAAGUAGAACAGCAUGGGAAAAAGUUCUUAACAAUGAUGUGUGGUCAAACCUUCCUGAACCACUGCACCGUGCGCUGUACCUCAGUUAUGAUAACCUUCCAUCUCAUCUCAAACAGUGCUUCCUUUACUGCUCCUUGUUUCCUGAGGAUGCACUGCUUGAUCGUGAUGAUCUGAUUAAUUUAUGGGUUGCCGAAGGCUUUAUAAGAGAGGAAACCGUUUCAUUAGAAGAUGAAGCAGAAGAAUAUUUCAACGAAUUGAUUGAUAGAAACCUUCUGCUACCAGAUCAUUUACAUGACAAUUGUUGCAGGAUGCACAGACUAUUGAGAUCUAUGGCGAUGUUUCUCUCACAAGAUGAAAUCAUUUCUGGAACAGCAAUGACUGCAACCGCCAUCUCUUCAAGUAUGAAACUUCGAAGACUGUCAAUCGAAACUAGAGAAAAUUUAUCAGCCAUGAAAGAUUUGGUAUUGCAACAGAAAUGUUUGCGAACUCUGCUUACUUUCAAUGGCAUCAAUGUGUUGAAUGAUAAACUGUUGAUGGGAUUAACACACAUUCGUGUGCUGCGAAUUAACAAUGUGGAUAUCGAUAACAUUCCCAAGUCCAUUGGUAAGUUGAUACAUUUGCGAUAUCUUAAUCUGGAUGAUACAAAAAUCAGAAAGUUGCCUAAAUCCAUAGGAAGACUCGUCAACCUCCAGUUUCUAUACCUUCGGGGCUGCACUUUUUUGAUGAGGCUCCCUAAAUCCAUCACUACGCUGCACAAUCUACGCUAUCUUGAUGUUGAAGAAACUCCACUAAUCUCCAUACCAAAAGGCAUUUCAAAGCUAGAGAAGAUUAAUUACCUUAGUGGGUUUGUUGUGGCUGAUCAAAGAAAUCCAGAAGACUCUUGCAGCUUGGAGGAGCUGCUCAAAUCUCUUUACCAGCUGAGAACACUCAGCAUUUCGAGGAUGGAAAGGGCUCAACAAGGGGCUUUAAUUCUUCAAAAACUAACUCGCCUUAUUGACCUUAAAUUGUUCUACACAAAAGCGUCCGAUCGACUUCCUACAUCAAAAGAGGACAUCACACGCAUUGAAGAUUUCUUGGGCAAACUAUGUCCUCCCAAAUCUCUGGAAAGGCUCCUCAUAAAUAAUUUUUUUGGCACUCAAUACCCAAGCUGGAUGAAGUCUCCAUCUUUUGGAGACCAUCUUCGUUGUUUGACAGAACUGACUCUACAAGAUAAUUUUUCAUGCCAGCAACUUCCAUCCGCAGGUGAGUUGCCGCAAUUAACUCAUCUAUACAUAUAUAAUGCAAAUUCAGUGAAGAGCAUCGGAUCUGAGUUUCUUGGCGGUGACACCCAUACAACAACAAGAACAGCCUUCCCCAAUCUCCAAGAGCUUAGUAUAGGCUGCAUGGCUGAACUGGAAGAGUGGAGCUUCUACAAUGAGAUAGAAGGAUUCGAGCGCGGAAGGGGAAAGGCGCAGGCUUUUCCUCAUUUGAAAACUUUGAAUAUCCAUGGUUGUCCAAAGUUGAAAGCACUUCCAAAAGGCUUUGAACAAUGCAAAAUUUUGGUUUCCAUAGUAGACAAUCAAAGCAUUAAAGCAGUAGAAAAUCUCCCCAACGUAGAAGAAAUGGAAAUCUGUUUUAAUCAAAAUCUGGAGAUGGUGUCUAAUCUCCCUGCACUAAAACAGCUUGCUGUGGUGGAAUGCCCAUCACUGAACUGUGUGAAGAAACUAGAUUCCCUUCAGGAACUAGAGCUGACUGAUGACAAGAUGCAGGAAAUCCCAAACUGGCUGAAAAAGCUGCUUAAAAAACGAAAGCCCGCUAAUAAUGAUAAUUUCAUCUUAAAAAUCACUUGCAAUAGCACAACCAUUUCAAGGUUUGCGCAAGGUCUUGACUGGCCUAUAAUAGUUCAGAUCCCACGGUUCGUUGCAUAUAACGAAGAGCGAACCCAUGUUCUUUAUUACACGAAGAACCCUUGCACAUAUGUAUAUGACGUGUCAUAUGACGAGUAAGAACAAGCCCUUACUAAUAUUAGAACCAAAGGUAUUGAGGGCUUCAAAUAAAAUUUUCCCUUUUUAUAAGUGUGUAUGUUUUUCUGUUAACAUGUAACAUUUUUUUUUUCUUUUUAAUUGCUAUUGUUAUUCGUAUAUGAGUGCAAAAUGUAUGUUUUUAUUCAAUAAAGAUUAUAUAUGUUAUUUCUUUUUAGAAUACCCGAAUAAUUAAUCACAUAUAGGCACAUUUUAUUUUUCAAGUUAUAAACUUUGACUUCAAUACUUAAUCUUGCUACCAUCAUCUACUUACUUGAUACUUAGAUUGUAACAAUCUUCAAUAAUAUUUAAUGUGUAGAUCACAUACGCUAGUGUGACUAAUGUGUGAAUAAAUUCACCCAUGUUAGUGUAAUUUGAGCUUGCUGAAACUCUCAAAAGGACAAAUGAAGGGAAAAAUUAGACACAAGAAAAAAAUUAAUUUUUCCAUUGCAUAUCAAUAAUGUUGGCUACAAAAUUUUGAGCUCCGACCCCUCUUGAGAAAUGUCGAGAAAGUUUCUUGUAAAAUUCCGGGUAAAAUUUUUCGAGCACAUUAAAUUUUAGAUAAGACGACACCCGGAUAUUUCAUCGACAUUUUAGUAUUGAGAUUUCACAUAAGUGUCAGCUCUAUGGUUAAUUAUCUCUCUUGAUAGUAGAAGAGUACAUUCAAUUAAAGCUAGUCUUAAGGUGCAAAGUAUUUAAAUUUAAUACUUUGAAACAUUU